AUGGCGCCUCUCGUCCCCGUCUUUCACGCCGAAUCCCUCCCCGACCAUGUCAGCAUCAUUCGCAAGAACUUCGUCGAGCGGCGUCGCAAAGGCGGACCCGUCGAGCUGGAGAAAUGCAAGCUCCUAGAAAUGGUCCAGUACUCGUGCAAUCCGCCACAGGAUGGGAUUCCCAAGCCGGGCGUGGUGGUUUGUAAGCCGGUCGUCAGGCUCUUUAGACGGUGCGCGAAUGGAUUGACCGUUGAGACGACUGCUUGGGAACCGAUUCGACAGGCCGAAGAGGCGAAGCGCAAAGCUGCAGAGGGAGAUUCGAAAGCUGGGAGCACAUAG